CCUCUGUGGUUGUGUUAUUCACUCCACUACUCCUUCACUGCUCGCUGGGUUUCCUUCGUGUCGACUGCCCAGAGUCCACGAGCGCGGCCCCGCAGUGGCCCAGGAGACGUGCGUUAGCCACCGCCACCCCUGUAAGUCCUGCAGAAGACAUUCCUCAGCACAGCACAUUCCUGAACCCACGCUGUCGAAACAUGUCCCUGUACAGCUUCGGCCUGGAGCCGCUGUCCUGUCAUGCCUGGAACAAAGACAGGACUCAAAUUGCCAUCAGUCCCAACAGCAACGAGGCGCACAUCUACCAAAAGAAGGGGAAGGAGUGGAUCAAGAUCCAUGAACUGACGGAGCACAGCGGGCGAAUCACAGGCAUCGACUGGGCCCCGGAGUCCAACCGCAUCGUGACGUGCGCCUCCGACAGGAACGCCUACGUGUGGACGCUGAAGGACGAGGUGUGGAAGCCCACACUGGUGCUGGUCCGCAUCAACCGGGCUGCCACCUGCGUCAAGUGGUCCCCCCUGGAGAACAAGUUCGCCCUGGGGAGCGGGGCCAGGCUGAUCUCUGUCUGCUACUUCGAGAAGGAGAAUGACUGGUGGCUUAGCAAGCACAUUAAAAAAUCCAUUUGCUCCACCGUCCUGAGUCUGGACUGGCACCCCAACAACAUCCUGCUGGCUGCCGGCUCUGCCGACCUCCAAUGCAGGGUCUUCUCGGCGUACAUCAAGGACAUCGAGGACAAGCCGGGCCCCACACCCUGGGGGGCCAAGAUGCCGUUCGGGGAGGUCCUGCUGGAGCACAAGGACUGCGGGGGCUGGGUCCACGGGGUCUCCUUCUCCCCUUCGGGGGACAGCCUGGCCUGGGUCAGCCACAACAGCAGCAUCAGCGUGGCUGAUGCCACUCAGGGCAAAGAGGUCACCCAGCUGACCGUAGAGAACCUCCCCCUGCUCAGCGUCCUGUACGUCAACGAGACGGAGAUCGUGGCAGCGGGUCACGACUGCUGCCCCUAUCAGUACUCCUACAAAGGCCCUGGAAGCCUGGAGUUUGUGAAGAAGCUGGACAUCCCCAAGCAGAGCUCCAAGACCAGCAUGUCAGCCAUGCAGCACUUCCGCAACCUGGACAAGAAGGCCACCACAGAGGAGGACGACAACGAGCUGGGCACGCUGCACCAGAACAGCAUCACCCAGCUGUGCAUUGUGGAAGGGGAGAGGAGCAAGGUGGAGAAGUUCAGCAGUGUUGGGCUUGAUGGAGCCAUGGUAGUCUGGGAGGUCAAGCUGUGAGACCCAACAGGGCGACGCCUCUUCUGGUUCUCUCCCUAGGGCGGCUUAAACCUUCAGCUAGGAACAUCAAAAUCAACACAUUCAUAAUAAAGACCAGUUAUUAAUAAACACUCCUAAAUGCUGACUCAGACUACAUUAAAAGUUGAAUGUACGCACACACCUUGCAGCAUUGCAGCACCUAGGUUUAGCAUAAAGAUGUAUAAAGUUUGAAUCACUGGAGUUAUUUUGAGUUCACUGAGUUUGAAAAAAACUGAGAAAUAUAUAUGCCGGUUUUGUCACAUAAUCUUUUUAUAUUACUUUGAAACACAUAUGCUCUUACUCACAUAAUUCAACAAAUUCAACAAA